UCAUUCCGAGGCCGCGUCACACCGUCACCCCACUGGGCGUAUGUCACGACUUUGAAUACUCGUCGUGAGUCACGAAAACAAAUAAAGCAGCACAUGACAAGUUUCGUUAUCGCUUGAACACAGCACGUUAGCGGAAACUUAGAACGUUUUUGUUAGUUUGGUUGGGGCGGUCUUCGUUUCUCUGCUGCCAAAAUGUCUUACCCUCAAAACCUGGUGGUUCCGUAUCGAGGGCUCAUUCCCUCAGGAAUUUUUCCUGGACGUAUGAUCCGCGUUCAGGGAACUGUUCACCCUUCAGCCCAAAGGUUUGCCAUCAAUCUUCAGUGUGGACCAAACACAGAGCCUCGAGACAACAUUGCUCUUCACUUUUCACCACAGUUUGUCACACACACUGUCAUCAGAAAUUCACUUCAGAACCUGAUGUGGGGACCUGAAGAAAGUCUUGGUUACUUUCCUUUCUCUCCUGGACAAGCAUUUGAAAUAAUUUUACUGUGCGAAGCUACGCACUUCAAGAUUGCUGUGAAUGGUGCGCACUACACUGAGUUUGAACACCGCCUUGCAUUCCAAACUGUAUCUCACAUUACAAUUGAUGGAGAUAUUCAACUAUCAGCUGUACGCUUUGAAGACCCACCACCAGAAGUUGUACCUGGGGGCACAGCUAUGGCUCCAGCCAGUGGCUACAUUAUGCCUAUGGCCUAUGACCCAUCUCCAGCAAUCUACCCUUCUGUCAACCCACCUGCUUAUUCUGCAUAUGCUCCAGAUUAUCCUCAAACUUAUGUUGUUGAAAACCAGUCAAGUGGAGGUAUGGGCAAAUUUGGUUCAGCAGCUGCUGGUGCUGCAGCAGGCUUGGCGAUAGGAGGCCUCGGUGGAUAUGCAAUAAGCAAUGCUCUCCACAGCGGAUCAUCAUCUUCAGACAGCGACUGAAUCUGCUCUGAGAUUCACUCUCACUUUGUUAUGGUUAAGUAGUUUGGCCUGGUUACAGAAGAUGGAUAUUUUGUGUUGUGAGUUGGCUGUUUAGGAUUUGGACCAUAUUCCACUUAGCACUACAUCACAUUUGAUGAGGAUGUUUCUUGUUAUAAAUCUCUGGCUGUACAGUAUUGUUAAUUUUGAUUGUUGUGAGAGAAAUCUCGUUACCUUUACUAUGUGUUUAAUCUAAUCAUUAAAAUUGCAUUUAUUGCAUGGGCAACUAUUUCUCAGCUUAGUGCUUUUUAAAUCUCUACAAGAAUGUUAAUGUAUAGUUUUAUUGUGCUAUUUUUAACAUGAGGCAAGCUUACAAAUUUGAUUGAUAUAUUGAGGAUUUUGCUUACUGUGAGUAUGGUGGCUGUGAAUUUAUACCUACUAUUUUCAAAAAAAGGAGUUAUUCUUCCUUUUGAUGACCAUUUUUGAUAAUCUAUUCAAAUGUUAAGCCCGUCCUCAUGCAGAUUUAUAUGUCGACAGUAUCUCAUUUUUCUUCUGGCACCAGUGUAUUACUCUCACAGUCAUGCUUGCUUUGGAAUGGAGACAAUUUACUCUGUUAUAAGUUUUCUUUACUCAUUCUCAUUAUCAUUCCUUAUCUUAUAAGGGAUGAAAGGCUGCUAUUUUAGAUAAAGAAACUGCCAGAGGCAUCAGUAAUUUACUUUAUGAGUCAUCUAACUUUUUGAAAGUUGUCAUUAUUUUGAAUCUUCAUAUGAUAUUAUUAAUACAAUUGAAAUGAUGAUCUUGUA